GCCGAAGCCCUUACAGUGUUGGUUCAGUACUGACGGAACCACGCACUCAACAUGGUUGACGUAAUAGAUCCAGGAGUAGUCAAGACCGGCGCCUACAAGUAUGAGGACGGUACGCGAUACGUCGGCGAGUGGAACUCGAAGGGACAGAAGCAUGGCAUGGGACACUUGGUGCUGCCCGAUGGGACGCGGUAUGACGGCGCCAUGAUCGGUGGUCUUUGCUCUGGACUGGGCGUCAUGGCCUUUCCAGAUGGCGCCAAGUACGAAGGCGAGUUCAUGCAAGGCUGGUUCCAUGGUCACGGAGUCUUCUGGCGAGCAGAUGGCAUGAAGUUUGAGGGGGAGUUCCGAGGGGGAAGAGUUUGGGGUUUAGGUCUGGUGACCUUCAGCGAUGGCAGCAACGGUUUCCCUCGCAACGAGGGCUUCUUCCAGGACUGCAGGUUGGUGCGCCGCAAGCGUUGCCCAGAGGUGGUGCAGCGAGCCCAGAAGGUGGCCUAUAUGGCGCGCGCGCAGUGUCAGCAAAUGUAAUUCAUGGAGUCAAUAAAGGCACUUUUGUUUUAUAAUUAAUGGCUGUGUUUGGUUCGAAAGCUGAUCUAAAACAGAAGACCACGGAAGACCAGCGUCGUGGC